AUGAUAAUAUGGAAAGUAUCAGAAUUCAUUCUCAUGGGCCUUUCUUCUGACCAUAACAUAAAAAUAUUUUGUCUCGUCAUCUUCUUAUUUUGUUAUCUUGUUGUCUUGGUGGGAAACCUUCUGAUCUUCAUCUCUAUUGGAUGCAGUUCUCUUUUUCACCAACCCAUGUACUAUUUCCUCAGUCACUUAUCUUCUAUGGACAUCUGCUAUACGUCCUGUGUGAAACCCAAACUGAUUGGUGACCAGCUAGUGGGAAGAAACACCAUCUCCUAUGACUACUGCAUGUUGCAGGUUUCCAUGCACUUCUUCGGACUAACUGAAAUAUUUAUCCUGACAGCCAUGGCCUUUGAUCAUUAUGUUGCCAUCUGCAAACCUCUGCACUAUAUGACCGUCAUGAGAAGAACGAAGUGCAAUUUCUUGAUCUUGGCUGCUUGGGCUGGUGGAGCUGCCCACUCCUUUCCCCAGUUCUCUGUGAUAAUUAGGUUACCCUACUGUGGUCCCAAUAAAAUUGAUCACUACUAUUGUGACAUUUUUCCUUUGCUGCAAGUUGCCUGUACUGACACCUACAUCACUGGUCUUCUUAUGGUUGCCAAUUCAGGACUGAUUGCAUUUGUAGUAUUUGUUCUCUUGUUUGGGUCUUAUAUCAUUAUUCUAUUCACACUAAGAAAUCACUCAGCAGAGGGGAGAUGCAAAGCCCUCUCUACUUGUGGGUCUAAUAUCACUGUGGUUAUCUUAUUUUUUGGACCUUCUAUAUUUACCUACCUUAGACCUCCUACAACUUUCCCUGAGGACAAAUUCUUUGCUCUGUUUUACACCAUUAUUGCUCCCAUGUUCAAUCCCCUCAUCUACACCUUUCAGAACACAGAGAUGAAAAAGGUCAUGAGAAAAGUUUAG